CUCCUGCCUGCCGCGGCGCCGUAAACCAAACCGUAAACAUUGGCGCUGGUAAACAGAAGUGACGGGCUGCUGGACUGGCGACUGUGGCAGGGCGCUGUGUGAGUCUGGCAUCUGGCUACCUUUAAAUUUUCUUCAGUCUCCCCACUGGUCUCCUUCCAAUUGUCUUCAACUCCAAUAUGUUUCUGAGUAUUUGAUUUUCCUUCCUUCUCUAUGCCGUCACAAUCAACAAGUUUAUGUGAUGUCACCAUACUAAACUCAACAAAGAAUGGAUUCUGUACAACAAAUUCUGCUGUGCAGCUAUUCAUGUAGGACUCCAGCCUUCCAGGCUACAACACAUCACCAACAUUAAGAUAUAUUCGUCACAGCAGAGUUUAACAGAGUGCCAUGUUUGCUCGCAUUUCAAACAUGUUUGGUGCAAAUGAUGAAAAUGAGCAGGGCCGUAGCUCUCCAUCUAGGAAAGCUGAUUCCAGAGGGGCUAACCAUGGAGGCACAAAUCCCAUGCAUGGCUAUAAUACAUCACAGUGUCAAAUAGAUAACUCUGGGAGUGUUUUGGAGAAGAUUGCUGGACUGUAUGCUGAACGGCUGAUGAGUGACAUAGUGCUGGUGGUGGGCGAGAGAGAGUUUCCUGCCCAUCGCCUCAUUCUGUGCGCCUCCUCGGAUGUCUUCCAGGUUAUGUUGAUGAAUCCCCGUUGGAAUGAAAGUAGAGAACAAAGAAUAGUGCUCCAAGAGGCUACAGAAUGUGUGGAAGUGUUUGAGCUUUUCUUGCGCUAUCUCUACACUGGUCGCCUAAAGGUGUCACAUACCACCGUCCUACCAAUAUUAGCUCUAGCUGAUAAAUAUAAUGUUAAGGAUUUAAUAGAAACAUGCAUCAAAUACAUGAAAUUGAAUAUAGUGUCAGCAUCACAGCAAAACUACUUGAUUGCGUGGCUACAGUACACCCUCACGUGUGGCCACUCGGAUAUUUCUUCAGUGUGCUUGAAUCACUUCAAGUGGAAUUUAGAGCAAGUGGCAACACAUGAAGACUUUGCAUCUUGUGAUCUAGAGCUUCUGACUACUGUGCUGUCAGAAAAUGAUGUAGUAGUGCAUGAUGAGAUGACUCUUUACAAUAUUGUUGUAUCCUGGCUACAUCAGCAGGCAGAGAAACUCAUGAGUCCAUCUCCUGUGACCACUCCAGGGGAGCCACCCACAGGUCUUGCAUCUUACAUCCCUGGAACAACUUCAAGUGGUGUAUCGUGUUGUAAACUUCAUCUUAGGCGUGACUCUAGCACAAGUUCCUUUGAUUCUGUUGAUCGCAUGGAAUGGUUAACAUAUGAGGUGAUGAAGUUUGUCCGAUUCCCAAUGAUGACUCCAAGACAGUUGGCAGACUUGUUGUUGGUGCCACUGACCAUCAAGUACAAAGAAUUUUUUGUCACACGUAUGGCCAUUGGAAUGUCAUUUCACUCAGGCCAGUGGGAUCGUGUGAAAGAGAUAAUUAGAGAUCCUGAGCCUUCCAAUCGUCUUUUGUUCACCCCACGACUAUACACAGCAGAGCAAUGGAGUGCAAGCCUCACUGUGGACAACUUGCCAGGCCUCCCUGCAUAUCAUACUAGAACUCUUGUUUUCUCAACGCCAGCAUCUGCCUCAGAGCUGGACUGUGACACACAGCUGGAGUGGAUAGUUGAGCUUUAUCCAAAGGGUGUUUGGUUUCGGAAGUUUUACUUGAUUGUGUGGCAAGGAACGGUUGAGGUGCCUGAAGCUGUGCUAAGGACUGUCAGACUGGCAGUCACAGCAAAGGAUGUGGAAUAUGCAAGAGUCAGAGUGGCAGUACUAGUGUUUGCAGUACAAGAAGGGAUCGAGUACAUAGUUAAUGUGGUGUCUACUAAUUAUAUAUUUUCUGCUGAUGACAACUUAUUGAAUCUGGAUGACAUUCUCCCCUUUGACAACUUGAAUGAUCCUCCAGAAAGGAAAAGAUACCUGCAAGAGCCAUGUGACUCACUCAAGAUCCACAUAGUCAUAAGCCCUCUAAGUGAUCCUAAGCUGGGUGCUCCUGGAAUUACUUGAUGAUACUUCAUCCAGAAUAGACCCACCAUUUCUUUAAUUGUGUGAGUUAUGAUGUGUUUAUUGUGAUGUCUGUCAGUGCAGUGCUUCUGAAUAUUAUCUUGUAUGAAGAAUUUUUACAAAACAUACUUUUUUCCAGAUGGUUAUAUGUCUUAAGUAUUCCUGGUUGCAGUACAUUUUAGUGGCUUGAUUCUGAUUCAUCAUUGAUGAAAAUUGUUGACAAUGGAAAUACCUUCCAUAUUUAAUGUAUGUUCAGUUUUCAGCAUCUAAAGUCAUAUUGUGGUAGCAUUGUAGAGAAGAAUAGAAGAAACCUCCCACUGAUGAUGAAAGGUAAUUUUAAUCUCACCCUUCAGACUUUAUUGGCAACAUUUUUAUAUUAUGAAUGAUUAAAGAUAGUAGCUAGCAAGGGAGUGGCAUAAUAGAAUGGAGAACCCUGAGGCCGUAUUCUACAAACCGUCAUAGCUAAUGAAGUCAGUCAUAGUAGGACAAAAUGGUGCAUUUUAGACAUAAGUCUAUGACAGGCUCUAACCUUGUGAUGUCAUUCAUAAGUGCUAAGAAAGGGUUCACCCUGUUAUAGUGCUGCCAUUGACUGUCUUAACUCUUGUCAACAUCAUGAUAACAUGGCUGUGUGUACCAUAACAUGAUCCCCAACCAUUUUCGUUUUUUAUUUAACAAUAAAUAUCAGUAAUGAUGACUAAAUAAUGUCCUUCUUUGAAGCAAUAAUGUAUUAUAAAUAAUUGUCAGGAGUGUAUGAUCAGCUUUCCCAAACUCGAACAAAACUUAUUCCAUGCAGACUGCAUGUAUCGAGCUGUAAGGCAUAAUCUUUUACUUAUCAUGUUUCUUUUGCUUGGAUACAGUAUCUAACUAUUCCCAAAAGUAGUAAUAUGAUGUCAAAAUAAUUUAGGUUAAAGAAAAUCAUGUCAAGAACUUAUAUCAUUGUAUAUAUUUAAAGUUGACAUAUUGUGAACUUUAGGACAGUCAGAGAAGUGGUGGUCAGGAAUUCUGUGAGACCUGACAAUGAUUAUGUAGAUAUGGCCCCAGAAUGUGUGUGUGUGUGUGUGUGUGUGUGUGUGUGUGUGUGUGUGUGUUGUGUGUGUGUGUGUGUGUGUGUGUGUGUGUGUGUGUGUGUGUGUGUGUGUGUGUGUUUGUGUGUAAACAUUACUAUUGCUUGCCUAUAUUGGUCGCCAAAGGGGAUUUUAAAAGCUAGAUCAAACUGUAUAUCUCCACGUCAGCCAUUUCCAUGCAUGCAUUCAUGGGGGGAAGGAGAUAGAUAGGAGUUGUAGCAAUCUUGUCUACCAUGCUGCCAUGAAUACAGUAUAGUAAGUGAGACCAAUUCUUUGCUGUGAUGCAAAAUUUAGAUGGUGUAUUUAUGUAUUAUAUAUAUUUCUACUCUGUGUUUUGAAAGUUUGUUUAUUUUUUUCACUUGCAACCCAGGAGAAAUGCAGCUAUUUUUGUAAAUUUGAUGACAAAGCUACACAACUUCUUUGCAGUGGGAAAUGUUUGUUAUAAAGAAAACCAGGAAUGAUUUUUGGGCAUGUGACAUGUCAAACUCAGAAUAUGAAAAAGUUUAGUUAACCUUGUAUUUUUUAUGAAAGUACAACAUUUAUUGUAUCAUAUUGAUAUUUCAAAGCUUUUGAAACUGUAAAUAUAAUGCUGUCCCCUAGCAUUGUAUGAUAUAGCAUGAGACUGUUGAUAAAAUUGCUGGCUUCUUGUGAUAAAAUUGAAAUCUAAUAGUCA